AAAACAGGAAGGUGUGGGUGUUCUAAAUCUAUCUACCCUAGCCCCGUAUGUGAGUUAUGGCCGUCUGCCGUGAACAUUCGGAAUGCUCUCAAGGGAUGUUAAACGUUCUUCGUCUGUUAUGAAUAUAUGACCGGCAAUGGAAGGCACGCCAUCUUGGACCGCUCGCCAGGACCGAGGUCCUAUCAACUUGGAAGUCAAAUUCAAUAUCGAAAGUGAUUCUCCCUUCCAUGGCGGCCCGCAACGUGCCUGUUUUGUGCGGCCGGGGGAUAGGAUAAGAGGCACCUGUCGCAUCUCCACGGUGCUCGCCUUGCAUGAUAGUUGGGCUGAGGUUUCGCUACAGGGCAAGAUCCAUCUUCAUCCAUACCAAAUACCAUCAAGAUCCGAUGAGAGUUAUCGCGAAGUGUUCAGUGCUGAGAGAGUUGAACAACGCUCAAAGCUUGGGAGGGAUUAUACCGUGGAAGGUAUACGAAAGGUUUAUGUUCUUCCAUUCCUGUUCGUCAUUCCCCCGGGGCUCGAUCGAACCAGCGACCAAGCCGAGGCUACAUGCAAACCUUUGCCACCGUCCUUCAAGAUCCCCACGACCUUCAGUACCUGGAGUCCAACCCCACCCCCUGAGCCGUACAUCACAUAUGCGUUACGGGCUUCCAUCGAAUACACUGCUUCUGCAGAUGCGACAGCCAACUUUACGAAAACCGCCGAUAUCAUUCAACCCAUCAUCUGUCUUCCUUACAUCGAAAUCCAGCCCCCUGUCGAGACGGGGUGUUUCCCCGACGAGUAUAUCCUUUCAGCAACACAACCCAUGUGGAAGUCUAUGCUCGGGCGCAAGCUGGGACGCGUCACGGUCACGACACUAGAACCCCGGCCUCUGGUUUAUGGCUCCGACCAGCCAUCUGCCACCGAAUGCACAUUUCACAUAACUGCUGUGGGUAACCUAGCCAACCUUCAGCGGCUGCGUUCCAUGUCUGUUGAAGUAGACCCGGUGCUUCAGACCAAGACCUACUACAGCAGAACGAGGUUGGCAGGGACUCCACAGAAAGGCUUCCUGCGAGAAGGGGGGCCAAUUCGACUCCAUACCGACGUUGUGCAGUUGGAUAAGCACAAAAUAUCCAACUUGGAAUGGAAGUCCAAGGCGGCAGUACUUGCCUCGCAGAGACAUUCAGGCUCCGAGACGGAUGUUUUCCUCCAGGAACUCGCCGGAGAUGGCGCAAAACCUCCUUCCUUAGGUGGAAAUACAAGGUCACGUCAACAACCCAGUCUCCAGAGCUCUACCAUCGAGGAUGACGCUGCUUUGUGGUAUGCCAGCGUCAGCGUCCGCAUCCAGCCACCUUUCCAGUUGCAACCGAGCUUCUGCAGUAAGUCGCAUAUCCCUGCUCCCUACUGCCGAAUCCAAGCAUCAUCGGCACCGACGGCUCGGGAUCUUCAGAGAUACUGUCACAUGAUGAUGACAUCUGCUGCUCUUCUGUCGGGGGAGAUAUCGAAAUUCCAGACCAGAUCCCCCCCCCCUACAUCGAGCGUUGAUAAGCUGGAGCUGUGAAGUAGCGAUGGGACAGGUCCGAUGGAUAUUCUGUUCAACCCAAAAAUAACCCCACGACUACGAAUAUCGUGAAACACAGGCAGAGGCGGCUUAGGUCCGGUUGAUAAUCAUCACUGAAUAAUCUACAAGUGUUCGUAUUACGUAGGCAUUUGUCGAGCCGAGCCAGCGCUAGAGAGCAGAUUUUAAGCUAGCAUAAUACAGUUUUACG